AUGCAGCGAACUCUAUUCACUGAGGAAGAAAUCCGGCUGGCAGCGGAGCGCCGCCGGAAAUACAUGGGAACUGCCAAGGUCAUUAUCAGUCAAAUACAAUUCGAUCCUCCAUUGCCCCGGGAUCUUGACCCAAAGAACUUGGACCGGCUCCGCGAGAUCUUCCGUAAAAACCGCUGCCGCCGACUGGAUGUGGAUAAUCACGUCCCUGCGAUUGUAUCUCAGGAAGAUCUCGCUGUUGCGCUGCGGAAGGCGGACGUUCCGCAGCGAGCGCUGCUGACUAAUGAUCCUCAUCAACUUCCGCAACUGCGAUUCGCGGCUGGACAGCUGCGGGCCCUUCAUGGACGUCACCGAGUGCAGGCGGGAGCCGAGGUGCUUCCUCCAGCUGACCGUUGGUGGACAGUAGAUCUCUACCUAGAUGAUAUCGGCGAAGGACUGAGAACCUCACUGGUGGAGGAAUAUGCAAACCAGAAAAAACCGACCGACGGGGAAAUAUAUCGGAAGAUUCGACAGUAUGAAGGCGACGGCAAUGAAGCUUUCCGGCAGCGGUGGUUUGUCCGGCUAUCACGAAGCAAUCAGGAGCGACUGGAUCAGCUAGACAACAGGAAAAACCGACGUCUCCGGCUAGCCUUCGAUCGGUUAUUGCCAAUCCCGGGUCUUUGGCCGCAUGGGAUGCGAAUCAGCAUGCUUCACCGACUAAUCGCCACAGGUUGUGUCGAGGAGAUCCUUACCUAUCUUGGCCAUAUCGGGGACUUCUGGUCCUCGCUCGUGGCCUCAGAUCCAGAUUCGAUGAAAAAGAUUGAUCCAGACACUGUUGAUGCCCUGCAGUUGCUGGCGCCGGGCAAGUCCAGAAUCGACACAAAAAUGGCCCGGGGGCUGGUGCUAGGUGGCCAAGCAUUCGCAGAUUUCAGUGACGAAGAACGAAGGGUCAUAUGGAAGCGGCUAGCAAAUUUUGACGGGCUUGUUCCGUCUUUGUACACAUUCUUUGAAGAUUUCAAAUAUCUUGAAAGCUGUGCGCAUUGUGUGAAGCGACUCUUUAGUUCGUCAAGCGAAUCUGUGUGGAAAACCAUGAGCUCAAUUUUUGUUCCAUAUUCGGGUUCGGAGGUGGAAGAGAGACUUAUUCAGACUUCCGAGUCCACUUUUCGGCGUGAGCCUGCAACCGAUGCUGAGCGCCUUGAUAUGGGGUAUUUACAAAUCUGGCUGUACGCAAUGCGACAUUAUCCUCUCAUGCCCCCGGACCCGAAGAGUGACGACGACCUUUUGGCAAAGUCAUCUCGUGCCAAAGCCGACAAGAGAGCAAUCUAUGAGAUGGCCGAGCUUGCUCGCCGGCUCGGGUUCUGGUCCCCAGAGAUCGAGGCAAUAAUUGAUGGUUCCCCAGAUCGUGAGAUCGCGCGGGCAGCGCUGCUACAGGCCAGGAAACCUAACCGUUUUCGGUAUGACAAACGGCAGCUUGAUACCCUCAUCAGCCGUAUUGUUGAUUGUUUCUCGGCUGCGGUUCCUGACCAACCCGAAAUUGUUCAUGAACUUCUCGCGGAUAGCACCGUGAAGCCUCGGGCCCGCUGCGGCCUGCCACGAAUGCGAACCCACAAGCAAGAUAGCCCUUUGCUCUUCGUGGACCGUCUACACGCUGAGGUUGGGGUUGCAGACACAAUCACUACCUUUUUUGUCCGCCGUUGUGUUUAUUUCGCCUUCUUCGGGAAGCCUGCACAACCCGGACCCGCUGAGGGCGAGAACAACAGAGAGACGCCCGGAGAUAGGGAUAUUCCUCCGCUAUCACCGUUGUUCGUCGGAGAGGAUGGGCCUUCCGCUCAUGAUGUAACCACCAUGCAUGCUGAUCUACCACGGGAGCUGUCUCAACAGGAACCAGCUCAGUCACAGCCCCUGGGUGCCCGACAAGAUGCGGAACAGCAAACUCUACCCAGCCAGCAAGUACCGACCGGACGACGGGAACAGAAUGUUGCGAAACGGCGACGAGCAUGGAAACUCCAGACGCGCAGGCGUGGGCUUCGCCAAGAGAGCGAAUCAAAUCAAGAACCCAUGGAUGUUGAAUGGCUGAGCACAGAGCACUUGGAUCAGGAUAUGCCCGAUCAAGAAGCCCCUGAACUUCCUGAGUCAAGUCCAGUUAUUACGCGUCGAGAGUCGCUGGAUGAGGCAAUUACGAUCGAUUCAGCAAUGGCGGCGACGGCCCACCUGGGAUCAUUAGAACGCAUUACUUCCGAUCAAACCUCCGACAAGGGAGCGCAAGGCACUCUAAGUCUUGACUCAGACGUGCUGCAACCUAUGCAUGGCCCGGAGAACCACGAGGAAGCGGACACGAACAGCCAAUGCACAAGGAUUUCCGUUGGAUCAGUCUCCCACGAGCGGGAUUUAGAGGAGAGAUUAAUGAUAGAUGGCCCGCAUGAUAGCGAUGCUCCAGACCGCACACGGGUCGAUGGUCUACAGCAUCAGUCAUCGGAACCCGAACAAGAUAGUUCAGAUGUGGGCUCUGGCAGGCAACAACAGGUCUCGGAUGCAUACCUUGAUCAAUUGAUGAGAGCUCAGGAAGAGCAAGAGAGAUUGGAAGAAGAGCUAGAACGCGAACGACUCAAUGAGGAGCUCGGUCUUUCUAACGAGGAGCAACCGGUUCAGGAAGUGUCCCCCGGGUUUCAGGAAAGGCAGGAUUCAUUAUCCCGACCCCCUGAUAACGAACCAGUACAGGCGCCACGCAGCACAGACUCAAGACCUACCCAAGACCCAACCCCAAUUUCACCCCGCGAAGGACAAAUGGAGCCCCAAGUGGAGAGUCUUGCAGCACCCAGUCCCACAGUGGCUGCCAGCAACCCCGACAGCCAGAGCCCUCGAGCAGAGGAUGACACCCCCACACGACAGAUGCGGGCGUUGCUGCCACGAGAACAGGUCGCAAUUUCCUUCUGGACCUUUGAACGAGAGCAGUGGAGGCAGACCGAUCGUAUCCAAGUAGAUCCUUCGGAUCCAGCGCCGGUGGAACGAGUGGCGAAGAAGUAUGUGUGGAAGAGAUAUUCGCUGUAUGAUCGGAACCUGCAAAGUCUGAAGCCCGACCAGUGUUAUCGCGCGGCGACUGUCGACGGCAAUAACGCAAUAUUUCUGAUCUCUGAGGACGAAGAGGAGAGGCUUGCGGCAGAAGGACGACUUAACAAGGACAGGCAGCUUCUGACGUUGGUCUCACGAGUAGUAGACCGGACAGAAUUCGAGCCAGGGUCUCCUACCAAGCGCCACCGUCUUAUGGCGUUCAAGGGAACAUAA